CUGAGCUUCUGAAGCGCAAAAACCAUCUUUGCAAACUCAGCUCGGUUUCGUAGAAGAGGAACUCACCAGUUCCGAUCCAGUUCGAGAUGUCUUCUGGGUCAAGGAGCUCAUCCCGCGGCGGUGCCAACGCGGAGUGGAGCAAGAAGGAGAACAAGCUGUUCGAGGACGCACUCGCCUAUUACGGCGAGGGCACGCCCGACCGCUGGCUCAAGGUGUCCCGCGCCAUGGGCGGGACCAAGACGGCCGACGAGGUGCGCCGCCACUACGAGAUCCUCGACGGCGACAUCAAGCUCAUCGAGUCCGGCAGGGUCCCUUUCCCCAAGUACAACACCCAGGGGGCUUGGAACUGAUCCAUCAGUCAAGGAGCAAAGCUUCUGAAUUCUGAAGAUCCUGCAAACAGGAUAAUCUGUUGAUAAUCUAGUCCUUAGCUGGGACCAUAUCAUUGAAGCAAGCAUAAUUAUGCACCAUAUAACGAAGAUUGCGGGCACUUGGUUAGGAGUAAAAGAAGAAAAUGUAUGCGUGUGUACAUAAUAUUAGGUUUGUAAGCAAAUCAAGUGCGCUUGGUCUUGCAGACGGUAGCAUGUAUCUUUUAUUGUGUACAGUAUUACUCCCCCGCCCCAAAUAAGUUUUGGAGUAAAUAUCAGCGUGAUGUAAAU